AUGGUCUCGACUCCGAGGUUGAUCAUGCUUCCCUUAUAUGAUGUCUGCACGACAUCCUAUGUGAGUGCCUCCUUGUCGCACGAUGUUAUCUACUUGGGGACAACACCUGUCACCAUUGACCCAUCUUCAAUACAAGUCAAUCCCGUCCUCAACAACUCCGUCAGCGGCAGCGCAAACUUUCCUGAUGCUACUUUCGAUUACUGCAAUGUGACAUUUGCAUACACGCAUACUGGCCGUAAUGAUUCCGUCUUGGUAGCUUACUGGUUGCCAUCACCUGCAUCAUUCAAGAAUCGAUAUCUCGCAACAGGAGGCGGAGGUUAUGCCAUCAACUCAGGGAUUGGAAACACGGGAUCUCUGCCUGGAGGUGUGAUUUAUGGUGCAGUCGCCGGUGCUACUGACGGUGGCUUCGGAAGUUUCUCCAACAAUUGGGAUUCUGUUUAUAUCAUCCAGAACGGAACAGUUGACUUAGAAUCACUUUUCAUGUUUGGGUACCAAGGUAUCAACGAGCUUACUUUGCUGGGUCAACUAUUUACCAAAAGUUUCUUCAACAUGACUUGUGACGACAAGCUGUACUCCUAUUACCAAGGUUGUUCCGAAGGUGGUCGAGAGGGUUGGAGUCAAGUUCAGCGCUUCACGGAUUUCGACGGCGUAAUUACUGGUGCUCCUGCCUUCCGCUUCUCAUUUCAGCAGAUCCAACAUCUUUACUCGAACGUCGUGGAGCAAACACUCGAUUACUACCCUCCAGCAUGCGAACUGCAAAAGAUCUUAAACGAGACUAUCGCCUCCUGUGAUCCCUUAGAUGGCCUUACAGAUGGAGUCGUUGCACGUACAGACUUGUGCAAGCUGCAGUUCAACACGUCGUCUAUCAUCGGAAAUUCAUAUUACUGUCCUGCAUCUCCCGAGUGCCAAGGAUUCCCUCCAGCUCCAGCUUGGCCAGAACAAAAUGGCACAGUUACAGCUGAAGGCGUCGCAGUCGCCAAUGCAAUCGUUGAUGGCCUCCACGACUCAAACGGGAAACGAGUUUAUUUCUCCUACCAGCCUUCUUCUAUCUUCGCAGAUGGCUUCACAUCAUACAACACCACCUCCGAUACUUGGGGACUAUACAUCAACUCCUUCGGAUCCGAAUUCGUGGCGCGAUACCUUGAACUUCUAAACACCAGCACUCUGCCCAAUCUCGACGGCGUAACCUACGACACCCUCAGAACAUGGAUAAUCCAAGGGUGGAAGAAGUACCAAGACACUCUCCAAACAACAUGGCCCGACCUAACCGAUUACUACAACUCCGGCGGCAAAAUCAUACAUUUUCACGGCGAAUCCGAUUUUAGCAUUCCCACAGCUUCCUCCGUCCGCUACCAUGAAUCCGUGCGUCAGAUCAUGUACGGAAACCUCACUUUCAACGAAUCGACUGAGGCGCUUGGAGAUUGGUACCGUCUGUACCUUGUCCCCGGAGCACAGCACUGUGCACCUAAUACCUACGAGCCCAAUGGUCCAUUUCCACAGACUAAUUUGGGUGUCAUGAUAGAUUGGGUGGAGCAGGGUAUCACACCCGUGACAUUGAACGCUACGCAUCUUGCUGGGGAAAAUGCAGGAGCGAAUGCGCAAAUUUGUGCCUGGCCGUUGAGACCGCUGUGGGCUGCUGAUGGGAGCAUGGAUUGUGUUUAUGAUCAGGCUUCGAUUGAUAGUUGGCUUUAUGAGCUGGAUUCUUUUAAUGUGCCUGUAUAUUAAACCUAUACUUAGAAAGGAAUCACAAUGACCUUCUUUCCC